AUGCUGAUUUCGCUAUCGUCGAAGUUGUUAAUCAGUUGGGGCAUCGCGUACGAGAGGGAAAGUUCACGAUCCGCUACCCAUCACGCCCGCUUGCGCAACUGGGUGAGUGCGGCGACUGAGGAGCAACGCACCGGCCACUCAUGCCGUAAUUGGCGUGGGGCCUCAUUGAGCACGUUUUCGCACACUGCGCUCGCUGACUCUCCCGGCCUGGCCCUAUAUUCGCCGGUGCUAAGCGCGUGUCUCGCGGAG